AUGGAAAAUAAUAAUAAUAAUUCUUCGAGAAUUGUAUUUAAUAUUGGAGGCAAAUGUUUUGAAACUAGUUCUCAGACAAUAAAAAGAAUUCCCAACACUCGAUUGACACAUUUGGUGGAGGAAUGUGAAUUAGUAAAGGGUAAUUCUCCAAUUGAAAUUUUUAUUGAUAGAGAUGGUUCUAGAUUUGAUUAUGUACUUAAUUAUUUACGUAAUGGAUAUAUUGCUAAUGGAGAUAAUGAGGGAGAUGAACUUUUUGAAAUGUUAGAGAAAGAAGCACAAUAUUUUGGUAUAAGCGAAAUGGCUAAUUUAUGUCGUUCUAUGCAAGAGCCUUUAGCAGUAAAGGAUUGUGUUCAUUGGAGGAAAGAUGCUAUUCCUCAUUAUUGGAAGAUUUUUCUUAAAUCUGUAAUUGACCGUUCUUUAAUUAUUCCUUUUACAUAUGAGAGGAAUAGGUGCUUUUUCUGUGCAAAAUGUAUUGCUUGUGAAGCUGAUUUUGAUCCAAAAUGUUCAAACAUUUAUUCUUUUAAUGUAGAUGAUUGGAGUGCUUUGGGACAUCAUAUGGGACAGAUGUGUGGACGGGUGGAAAAAUUAUUAGGCCAAACUUGUGUUUUAGUUAAAUGGGAUAAUGGUGUUACUAUACAUUUACCUAAUUCUGCUUUGAAACGAGCAAUUCCAAUUGGUGGUGGUAGAAUGGUUUUAGCAACACAAAAAACUAUUGGAGGGGGAACGAGUAUUGAUAAAUAAAUUAUAAUAAUUAUAUUUUCUUGGAAUUAUUUUUAAUAUAAAAACUAGAUUUUUAUUAUUUACUCUUUUAUUUUUUGGAAUAAAAAAGAAAUAAAUAAAUAAAUAUAAAUGUCAAGUUGCAAGUCAAAAGCUAAGUAAAUAUUAUUAUAUUAUACUUUUGUUGAUAAUUGUUUUUACUUUUUUUUCUUUGUCUGGACUAGUAUUUAGUAUAUAAAAAAUAAAUAAAUGUUUGCCAAUAUAUCCUUUAAUAUUUGUUUUGUUUCUAAAUUAUUUGUAUGGAAUUUUGUAUAUAUAAAUACUUGCAACUUUCUUUUAUCUUGUAUCAGUCUUAGAAAGAGAAUUCACUUAUUCUUUAAAAAUGGCUUUAAUUAAUAAAAAUAUUAAUCAUUUAAGUAUAUAUUUAUUGUUCUCCACAAUAUUGGCAUUCUCAUUUGUGGAAUUGAUCAAUUCU